CAAGUGUCUUUGGAUAAAAUUUUAUGAACCUCAUCCAUUCACACAUUCCAACGGUCAUCAUCCUUUACACUUUCUAGAAGCUAACUGUACUCUUUCUCUCUCUCUCUCAUCCAAAAACAAAAAACAAAAAACAGAAAAAGAAAAUAUUAAAGUAAAUAAAGACUUCAAAACUUCUUACGUAAACCCUAUUUUUUGCAAAUUUUCAUUUUUCAACCGGAAAAUUUGAGACUUUUACCUGUUCAUUCCUAAAUCUGACUUCUACCCUUUUCUUUUCUUCCACGCAAUUCGAAACCCUUUUCACGAAUUUCGCAAAUAAUCCCAAUUACUUCAUCCAAUUUUUAGGGUUUUUUUCUUCUGGGUUUUUCUAUGGCUGAUGUUAUUAGCAAGUCAAGCGUUUUUUCUCCAGCAAUUUCUCAUCAUAAUCAUCAUAGUAAUGUUAAAAAAUUUCCUGUUCAAUGUUCAGUUACCACGAAAAAUCAGGGCAAAUUAGCUGGAUUUUCAUCUUUGAGGAGUAGUUUUGGUGGUGUAAGAACUGCGGUCGAUCAAAAUCGCAGUUUUUGUUCCCAAAAAUCGAGGAAUUCUCUAUCAAUUCAUGCUAAGCUGGGUCUUACCUUUAACAAUGCACCAAAGUGGUGGGAGAAAGGACUUCAACCAAAUAUGAGAGAGGUUACUUCUGCAGAAGACCUAGUCGAUUCUUUAUUAAAGGCCGGAGAUAAGUUGGUUAUCGUUGAUUUUUUCUCUCCUGGUUGUGGAGGUUGCAGGGCUCUUCAUCCUAAGCUAUGUCAGCUGGCAGAGAUGAACCCUGAUAUUCAAUUUCUUCAGGUGAACUACGAGGAGCAUAAAUCAAUGUGUUAUAGCCUUAAUGUCCAUGUUCUUCCUUUCUUUCGGUUCUACAGAGGAUCUGAAGGUCGCCUGUGCAGCUUCAGUUGUACAAAUGCCACGAUUAAGAAAUUCAAGGAUGCUUUAGCUAAGCAUGGAACCGAUAGGUGCAGCAUUGGACCAACAAAGGGGCUUGAGGAGAAAGAGCUCCUUGCUCUUGCUGCCAACAAAGACCUUUCAUUCACCUACACACCUAAACCCGCGGAAUUGGAAACUGUACCUGAUCUCCAAGAAGUUUCGGCCAAUGUUGACACACAUGCUGCAGCCAAAGAAUCUCUCUCUUCCUCCAACAAGAAUCCUCUUAGCUCACCUUCAACCCUAAAAUCUUCUCAAGAGAGUGAAGAAAAAUCUUUAGCCACUGCCAGGAGAUGAUUUUAAGUGUCUUCCUGGCAAUAUAUGGCUUGUACAGUACUUCUAUAUGCUUGUAAGUGUGUAUUUUAAUCACUUGUAAAGGAAAUAUCAAAUGUGGCUGCUAUUGGAUUCGUUUUAUAAGUCCAAGCUAGCCAUUUCUGUGGGAUUGUAAUAUUAUUCAGUCUGCCUGAUGCAGCCUGUAGGGUGUGUUUUUAGUUCCCUAUAGAAAGAAAUCUGCGAGAAUGUCGAAUAGAAAGCAUACAAAUGUGUGCUUGUGUAGAUUGUACCUUGGAUGUGUAUUUACAAAAAAUAUUGUCUUGUAAUGUAUCUGGUAAUGUAUUCUGAUAUAAGUUUCUGUAUAUCCUUCCUCA